CAAGGUUUACGGUACAUCAUGGCGGCCUCCUUGCCACUCGUGAGUUAAACUGGAUCAACGUUAGCUUGAAUGUUCUAGCACAUUCGCGUACUUUGUAAAGGGGGAGUUCACAUACUUUAAAAGACACAGCGAGCUUGUCCAUUGAUUCCACGCCAUUUAUAGGACUCGUGUUAAGCGGUGCCCAUCAUGGCAGAUGACAAACCGGCAAAGAGAUAUCCGCAGAACCUCCAGGGCGUCCUGCGGCUGGCGGUGGAUGCUGGAUCCGCCGCAGAGGGACAUGAGCCCGUUGAGCCCAUGUCGGAGGAGAGGAAAUUGUGGCUGAGAGAGGCUCUAGCAGAAGUCUGCAAAGGGCAGAUGGAUGAAGUGGAGAAGAUCAAGCAGUGCUUGGCCGUCUUACGCCAGGAGGGAAUGAGUGAAGCGGCGAGGGAAGGAGACGACGAGAAGGAUGGAGAUGAUCGAGAAACAGCCUUUGAGAUCCUGUCCGAGUUGUGUGAGAACCUGGACAAUGCGAGAGAUCUAAUGACUCUUGGUGGACUGCAACUGUGUACCUCCCACUAUCUGUGCCACGCACAAAGUGGACUGAGGUGGCGCGCUGCGCAGCUCAUCGCUUCCUCUGCUCAGAACAUGCCGGAGGUGCAGGUCCACCUGUUCACCAUCGGGGCGCUCCCAAAGCUGCUGCAGCUGACGGACUCAGACCCCGACCCCACCGUCCGAGUAAAAGCCCUUUAUGCUGUGUCGUGUCUGAUUCGGGAGCAGGAGGCCGUACUCCAGGCGUUCCUGUCUCACGAUGGCGUCUCGGUGCUGAUGCGAGCCAUGCAAUCUGACAUCGAGAAGCUCAGGACCAAGUCAGCAUUCCUUCUGGUCAACCUGCUGACGUCACAUCCAGAACAGAAAGACCCAGCGGUCUCCAUGGGUAUGGUGCAGCAGCUGGUAUCUAUUUUGCGCACACCACACUCCCCUCUUCACGAACAUGUGCUUGGCGCCCUUUGCUGUCUGGUGGAAGACUGUCCACAGGGUCUUAAGGACUGCAAGAAUCCUGCUCUGGGUCUGAAGGAGUUACUCAGACAGCGGUCAGGAGAGCUACAAGGAAAAGAAGAGAGUCAGGAAGAACUGGACUUCUGUGAGCGCAUGAGGCUCCUCUGUUUCCACGGGCAACAGUUGGACGACAAUGGGAUGGAUCGCUGAGGUCUUAAUAGCCUCGCCUGUGUUGUUUCAGCGUGCAAACAUGUAACAUGUUUUGACUGUUAAGACUGAUGCUCUUCCAUAUUUUGCCUGCGGGAACUGGAUUUCACUGUGUGGACCUGUAAAGUCUAGAAUACCUUUCAAGCCAGCUGUCAUUUUAGUUCAGGAUUUUGUUCUUCACAAUAUCAGACCAAAUACUCCUCAACAUUAUUGGUUUGAAAUGUAUUUCCUAAUUGAACUUUUAAUAGCUCCAGUCCAAUGUUACAUCUGAAGAAUCUUUAAUUGUUGUAAGUCAGUUUUUUCUGAUGUCUUAAAAUAUUUUGAUUUAAUUUUUGUUUAUUGUAUCUUAUAUCAGGAAAGAAUAAUGUACAUCAUUUAUUACACCAUA